CUCAAGGUCAUACAAUGAAUUUGCGCGCUACGGAGGUAGAUAUUAACUGGACUGACAGUAAUCUAAGUAGCCUGAAGGCCUCGCUCUUGCGUAAUUGAACGAGUUUGGUAGGUUUCUAGUACGACAAAAAAAGUGAAAUUAGUGGGCGUCUGCCAUUCAACUGUGAACAGCAUUAUCCUGUACGAAAUCAGUCUGUUAUCUUUGUUAUAAAUUCCAACAAUAAAAACAGUCAAAUGAGGUCGGUGCUGAUUACUGGUUGUAGCAGAGGCAUUGGUCUCGAGCUGGUAAAGCAACUGACUGCCCACAAAUCAGCCCCAGCAUUCAUAAUUGCAACAUGUCGCAAACCGGAGGAAGCAAGGGCUCUUCAAGAACUGUCUAAGAAACAUAAAUCUAUCCACGUGUUAAAGUUAGAUGUUACAGAUUUUUCCAGCCUAGGAGUGUUUGCAAAAGAUGUUGAAGGAAUUGUUGGUGAUGAAGGCCUAAAUCUGUUAAUAAAUAAUGCUGGAGUAAGUGGAAACAAGACUGCUAAACUAGCAGAUCUUAAAGCAGAAGAACUUGCUGAAAUAUAUAAAACCAACACAAUUGCUCCCAUCUUGUUGACCCAGGCUCUGGUUCCACUCUUGAGGAAAGCUGCAAGCCACAAUGCAUCUGCUCAGCUGGGUAUUGGGAAAGCUGCCAUUGUCAAUAUUAGCUCUGGCCUUGGUUCAGUGUCACGAAACACUUUUGGAGGAUAUUAUGGUUACAGAGAGAGCAAGGCUGCUUUGAACACAUCAACACGUUCUAUUAGCCAUGAAUUAGCUGCUGAUGGCAUACUUGUAAUGACCUUACAUCCUGGUUGGGUCAAGACUGAUAUGGGGGGAAAAGAAGCUGAUCUUACUGUAGAAUUUAGUGCUUCAGAGAUAGUGAAAACACUCUUCAAAUUGGGCAAGGAACAUCAAGGAGCAUUCCUCCAGUAUGAUGGCUCUGUUUUGCCAUGGUAAUGAAUGCUUUCAAAAUUGUUUCGUGGAAAAUGUUUCUGGCUGUAUAAAACUUUUUCUGUAAUCACUGUCUUCCAUCUUUUUUUCUAUAGCUCUCACCCCAGAAAUGUUGGGAUUUUGAUUCAUUCUGAUUUCAUUGCACAUUUCAUGCUUUAUUUUCAGCUUUACUGAAGAGCAAUGCCUUUCCUCCUUUGUAUGCAUUUCAGUUGUAGUGAAGCAACCUCUAUCCUCCCUCUCCUCAUGCAUUUGGUUUUCCUUCCAACAUUUUGUAGUGCUUUUAUUAACAUUCCCUAACAAUGUUUUACAUUAACUAAAAAAAAGCCAUGGGCCAUUAUCACUUUCUGUUCAUAAACAAUGUGACAUUGUAAUGUAUUUUCAACAUGUAAGUAAUAGUUACAUAAAAUACAAUUUCUAAUGUUAUCUCAA